UAUUCUGAAAUCUGCUUUCCUUGAGCUGCUAUCUGCACUGACUGCCUUGGGUCUGGAAGCCUCUGGGGUGUAGGAGCUGAGUGCUCAUAAAUAGCUAGAAAGCCCCAAAGGAAGUUCUUCAGGAUUGCUGGAAGGAAACCAUCUCCAGAAGCUUCCCUCUCCCUAGAGAGGGGCAUCUACACACUGUGGAGCUCAAGAUGGUCCUGAGUGGGGCUCUGUGCUUCCGAAUGAAGGAUUCAGCAUUGAAGGUGCUUUAUCUGCAUGAUAACCAGCUCCUAGCUGGAGGGCUGCAUGCAGGGAAGGUCAUUAAAGGUGAGGAGAUCAGCGUUGUCCCCAAUCGAUGGCUGGAUGCCAGGCUAUCCCCAGUCAUCCUGGGCGUCCAGGGAGGGAGCCAGUGCCUGUCGUGUGGGACGGGGCAGGAACCGACCCUGACAUUACAGCCAGUGAACAUUAUGGAGCUCUACCUCGGUGCCAAGGAAUCCAAGAGCUUCACCUUCUACCGGCGGGACAGGGGGCUCACCUCCAGCUUCGAGUCGGCCACCUACCCAGGCUGGUUCCUCUGCACGGCGCCUGAAGCCGACCAGCCUGUCAGCCUCACCCAGCUUCCUGAGAAUGCCGGCUGGGAUGCUCCCAUCACAGACUUCUACUUCCAGCAGUGUGACUAGGGCUUCGUGCCCCCCAGAAUCUCCUAGGCAGAGCCAGCUUGGGCAGGAGGUUGGUGGAGGAGGAGACACGUGGGCAACCACCCUUCUGCUCUCAGGGCCCCUACCUCAGGCUUACUGGGUACCGGCCACUCUCUCUUCUCCUGGUUCCUAGUUUGGGUAAAUUCUGAGAUUUGAGCCUCAGUCCACAGUUACCUCCCCCAUCGGGUGGUACUACUGGUGUGGAAACUUGUAAAAACAGCAUGGGAUAAACUGGGAGAAACAUAAAAAGAUUUCAAGGGGUUGGGGUGUGGGAGUGGUGGGAAUUAUUCAUGCCCAGUGGCAACUAACCCAGUGCCCCCAAACCCCACAGGCCAGCCCAGCCCCGGUUGAGCCUCACAGGACCACCAGCCCCCCUGACGAGGUCCUGUCAUUCAUUGCUGUGCAGGAGAGGGAGGUGGUCACAGAGUUAGGGACCCAGGGUCCUAAGCCCAGCCCCUCCCCCAUCCGUCCCUUAAGUCCUGCUGCCAUCACCAUCAUACGCUACCUUUUCCACCUCCACCUUCCUCCUCUCCCCGUGGGCAUGAGAGGGUGCUGGUGUCAGAGGAAGUGGCUCCAGCUCAGAAGACAGAAGAGGGCAGGACAUGCCAUCCCUUAUUAAAACCUAAGGUGCAAUAAAAAUCCCAGAGGCUUGUCCCUGUUGAUGUGAAAAGGUGCUCAUGACAUAUUAAGUGAGAAGAGCAAGUUAUAAAGUAGCAUAUCUUGUAAUUUCAUUUUCAUUUAAAAAAUACCUAUCCCUAUUUUUCUACAUAGGAAAAAGUCUAGAAGGGUUUACUUCAGUUGUGGCAUUGUCAGGGUGGUGGCAGUAUAGAUGAUUUUUUUGCUUUGGUCUUUUUAUUUAUCUGCAUUUCCCAAUUUUCCUACAAUGAAGAUGGAUUACUUGUGCAGCAAUAAGAAAAGAAAUUAACCUUGGGGUAAGCAGAGCAGACAUGGUUUCUGGUUGUCCUUGGCCUCCACUUCCCCAGAGUGAAAUGCAAAUUGAAUCGCGCUCUGCUGCUCUGGUUGGUAGCAGCAGGGAUCAGGAAACAGAUCUCAGCAGAGCCACUGAGAAGAAGGAUGUGAUGGGCUUGUGUGGCUGGAAUCUCCUAGGUAAGGAAUUUACAGAAAAAAAAAUCAAUCUGUGAUUCUUUCCUGGGAUGGAAAGCCCUUUAAGACGGCUGCUGUACUGGUUGAAUAGUGUCCCCCCAAAUUUACGUGCUUCCUGAAACCUCAGACAGUGACCUUAUUCGGAGACAGGGUUUUGCAGGUGCAAUUAGUUAAAACAGGGUCAUGCUGGAUUAGAGUGGACCUAAAUCCAAUAUGUGGAGAGGACACAGAGACGCAGGGGAGACACAGAGAAGAAGCCUACAUAACGACGAAGGCAGAGAUUGGAGUUACGCUGCCCCAAGCCAAGGAGCACCGAGAACUGUGGCAACACCAGAAGCUGGGGAGAGGAAGGAUUCUUCCGUAGAGUUUUCAGGGAGAUCGUGGCCCUACUGACACCUUGGUUUCUGACUUCUAGCCUCCUAAACCAAAGGAGAAUAAAUGCCUGUUGUUUUAAGGCACCAAGUGUCUGGCAAAUGGUUACAGAAGCUCUAGGAACUUAAUACAGCUGCCAACAGUCCCCUCCUCCUGGUGUUAACAUCCUGUGCAUCUCUCCCACAUUGUACCAGAGUUGUCUCUGUGACCAGCAGAAUAUGCAGCUUCCGAGAUUAGGUUAUAAAAGACACUGUGGCUUCUACUCUCUCUCUCUCAUAUUCUCCCUCCCCCUCAGUUUCUUGGCUCACUCGCUCUGGGGGAAACCACCUGCCAUGCUGUGAGCACCCCAUAGAGAAACCCAUGCAGUGAGAAAUGAAGCCCCCUGCCCACAGCCACAUGGGUGAGCCUAGGAGUGGAUCCUCCAGCCGCAUCAGGCCUUCUGCCGCGAGCUGCAGCCCAGCUCACAGCUGGACUAUACCCUCAUGAGAGACUGAAGCAGAACCUCCCAGCUGAGCUGUGCCAGGUUCCUGCCUCUCAGAUUCUGUGAGAUAAUGACUGUUUGUUGUUUUAAGUUGCUCAGUUUUGAGCUACCUUGUUACAUAGCAAUGGAUAACUAAUAUGCAAGGAAACAGAAAUAAACACAUUUGUUUUAU